AUGAGUGGUGUCACCUGUCCCCUAGUGGUUCAGACCCGGGCGGAGGUCACCCCGUCUGUACAGGACCUCCAGCAAGAGGAAGCGCCCGAAGCCUCCCUCCCCCGGGGGGUCCCGACCCGGGCCCAGACCCGGGCGUCGGAGCCUGAAGUCUGGGGAGGUGAGGAGGGCGAGACCGAUGUGCAGCCGGUGGAGCCCGGCCCGUCCGGAAUAUUUGGGGGCCCUGGCCAAGCUGGAGGGGGAGGAGGGUCGUUUGGCGAGGGGGCUUGUUGUGGGGCAUGCCUGGGGAUGGCGGUCCUCGUGGGCGCAGGCGGGCGGCGGCGUGGGCGGUGGUGCGGACGUGUGAAGAGGGGCGACUGCGUGUCGGGCGGGGGGGGGGAAAUGCGGGCGGCGGGUUACGUAACCGGCGGCGGGGCGGGCUUGGAGCUGCGGGGGGCUGGCGCCUCCCCUCGUCCCCGAGCGCCCCGGCCUGGCCUGGCCUCCCUUCGCUCCCCCUUUCACGGAGGUGGGGCGCGGAGGGCUGGGGGCGUGGCGCGCGGGGUGGUGGGCGGGGCUUGCGCGCAUCUUUAUCCCGGGGAGGUCUCUGGGCGCGCAUCUGGCCGGGCACAAGCGGAGCCCGCCGGAGGAGGAGGAGAGCGCCCGCCCGCCCGCGCAGCAGUGUCUGGGGCAGGACCCCUAGGUGAGGCAAGAGGAGCCAGAGACACACAGACGCAUCGUGACCUCCGCCUCUGCCCCACAGACGACAGCGGUGCCCGGAGUCGCACAACCCAAGGCACGGGGAUCCCCCCAGUUGGCUCCAUUGCUCGUCACACACACACACACACCCCUGAAAGUUUUCAUGGAGGUUUAUCUCCCUGCAGCCCCUCUGUAUCCCGUGUAGCCAUGAAGCUGGAAAACGCCCGCCCGGAGCCACAGCUGGAGUUUGCAGUCGCCACCGAGAAGGAGUUUGAUGAGAUCCUGGCCAUGUCCAAGGGCAUCUAUGGGGGUCUCGACUACCUCCCGAGCCGCUACCAUUCCUGGAUCCGUGAGCCCAACCGCACCGUGGUGCUGGCCAAGAAGAAUGGAGCAGUGAUUGGGCUCCAGUCUGUCUACAUCGUAGAUGCCGGUGAGACAGUUCUGGUGGAGGGGCUGCGUGUGGCCCCCUGGGAGCGUGGCAAGGGCGUGGCGGGGGUCUUGCAGCGCUUCUGCCUGGAGAUGGUGAAGGAGAAGCAUCCUGGCGUCAAGGUGUCGCGCCUGACGAGGGAUGACAAGCUGGGCCCCAAGGACUUCAAGAAGUACCGAGUCAUUGCUAAGCAGGGGAUUCUCCUGGUGCGCUUCAGUGCCCAAGAGCUCCUGUCUCGCUUGGACGUCCUGGUCUUGGCCCUAGAGGAGGGCGGCUUCCGCCCAGAGCCGUCCCAACUGCUCGUGGCUGGCGAAGUGGCGGAGGUGAUCUUGCGAGAAUCUUUCCGCAGCGAGGUCCUCCCCAACCAGACCAUCAUCCAAGACUGGCAGCCCUUCAAGGCCACAGCGAGCAACCUGGGCCUCCUGCAGAAGAAAGAGCUCUGCUGGCUGGUGGACAAGAAGUCCCGCCCUACAGUGGCCAGCCUGAGCACCCGCCCCUUCCCCAUCCCGUUGGGCGAAGGCUGGUUCUACCUCAACAUCGACGUAUUUGGCCACGCCCUGGCCCACGUCAAGAGCCAGCUGAUCCACCACCUCCGCCUCCAGGUGCCCGGCCUCCAGGGCAGCGUGAUGUGCCAGCUCUUCCUGGAGCCGGCGCUGUGGCUAGACAUGGCCGAGUUCUGCCAGGUGGCCCUGGGCCUGGAGCUGGCCAAGGACUAUACGGAGCAGUACCUGCUGGAGUCCGACAUCUAGCUCGGGGCAGGAGGAG